UUUGUUAUAUGGAAAUCUACCUUGAUCAGACAAAGACAAAAAAACAAUGUUAGUCAGUAAAGGGUUAAGCGUAACAUGGCGCCAACAUAACUGCUGAUUAACAGCGCAUAACGGGACCGCCUCUCUCUCCCUGUUGCUCUCGCUCUCUUGUUGGCCGCGCUCAGUUGCUCGGCCAACGCGUGCUCGUCCUGUUUGGCUUGGUUUAGUUUCAGUGUUUAGUCCUUCUUCGAACGCGCUGCCGACGAGUCACGAGUUCGCAAGACGUACGCAGGGAAUCCGAUUUCCCACUCUCCCAGUCACAUACUUUUUUUUCCAGUGUUUCUUGCUCCCAGUUGAGAGCGUGUAAAGACAAGAACCAAAACAUAGAAAGCCAAAGCAGCACACCAAGACAAUAAGACACACAUAAGUGAACUAAGAACUAAGAGCUAAGAACUGAGAACCGAGAACCGAGUAUUGCGAACCGCUGAAAAACGUUGCACCCACCACCGCCUCACGCUCACCGCCUCACCGCUCGCCCGCUAAUUUAAAGCUAAUGCCACCGCCCACCACCACUAGAACUACUACUACUACUACUUCCACCACAACCACUAGUACCACCACAACCAAGAAUUAAGAACCAACAGCCAAGAACCAUGAACCACAACCACCAACUACCAGCCUCGACCUGAACCACUUCGCAAUAAAUAUCAAAACAAAAAAAAAAGAUAAGAAAGUAAUCUGAAAAGAAAGAAAGACAGAGCCCAGAUUCCGACUCCACUUGUCCAAAAUGUCGUCAGUUGAAAAAUGUGAGCUCCACCAUGAAAAAGAAAUGCAUUACUAGAUGUUCGUUCCCGUAAUAUGUGCCUACAUAUAGCAUCCCCCCCUAGAACCUCUAGCUCUAGCUCUACCCCCUCGAAGAACCUCCAAAUUCGUAGCGCCCUCUUUCUCUAUCCCCAAAAUAAGUAACACUAACUAGCUAUCCACCCGAACACCCACCCCGAUUUGUCUUGCCAUGUUUGCCACUUUAGAUCUAGACUCUUGACUACAACAACCUAAUAAACCAGAAACCACAUUCCACUCUUUUCUGUUUCGUUUCCAUCAUACCAAAUACAAUACUAAGUAUCGGUCUGCCUCUCUCUCUUUCACUCUUACUAUCUCUCUCUCUGUCUGUCUUUCUUGUUCUGUCUAGUUAACAUGCCUUGAACUUUCACCCACUCUGUUAACUUCUCCUGCCAAACAACGAGAAACUUUCCCACUCCAAGUCUUUGGAAAUUGCGAAGACCGACUGAGAAAAGCAGCUGAAAAGUGAAGUUCUCAAGAAGGUUCUCGUACAAACUUACCCACUGAUUGGCUGGAGUUCCGAUAUUGUAAAUAAGACCUCGAACCCCUUGAAAACAAUUUCCCCAAACUCGAAACCCCACAACACUUUUAACCUUUCGCAUUGCCUGCUUCUUCUAAAAACAAACUGCAUGCUCGAGAAAUCAUCAGCUUCUUCUACUGGUUAUCGAUUUAUCAUUUGAGAAUGCCACACAUCCACACACAGACGCUGUCGAUUGGUUCGAUCGGAUGGGAUCAGAAGUCUAUAUAUAUAUAUUAAAAAAGAAAACAAAAGCCACACACACACACCCACUCUAUAUCUAGUAAAGUUGCAUAAUUUCCGUUCCGUUCCGUUUCGUUCCUCGUUCGUUUCUCGUAGUUCCCCAGUUCGUUUGAUGCGUUCCGUUCCUUCGUUCGUUCGUUGUGUUUGCCAAGUUCAAUUUUGUUGUACUCGAAUUCCCAACUGGCCAAGCACCAGAUAGCCGGAAUUCGCAAUUGGCAAGCCAGCAGAAGCCAAAACUGAACAGAAACAGAAACCAGAAACCAAACAGCAACAACAACAAAACAACAGCUACCAGACAAACAAACAAACAAACAAAAUAGCUAAUAGCAAAAUAAAUCGAAACCUUAACCCAAUCUAAAUAUAUAUAUAUGUAUACCUACAUCUAAAGCCUAAAGUGUGUCUAAUCACCAAUUCUUAAUGUAAAAUUCUCUUUAAACUAAAUAAUCCAAACACGAAUCACACAAAACCAAAAACCAAAAUCUAAACCAAAUAAUCGAAUCGAAUCGAAAUUGAAAUCGAAAUCGAAAUCGCAGACCCAGGCAAAACUCGCAUUGACCACCAAGCAUAUGAGCUUGUGGCUAAAGGUGUCUCCGGCAUCGACUUGUUUCAUGUUGUAACUCGAGGACUUUCGUUUAUUGGCAACAAUAAUGGUCAGCACCACAUUGACAACACUGGCUGCUGGACAAACAACUAGUAGCAGUAAUCACCAUCACCACCACCAUCACCACCAGCAGCAGCAGCACCAUCAGCAGCAUCAGCAGCACCAGCACAAUCCGCAGCAGCAGCAGCAGGAGCAGUUGCAUCAGUUGCCCUACCAGCGACUGCAGCCACACGCCGCGGCAGCGGCAGCAGCGGUUGGCCAGCAGCGCGGCUUCUACGCCCUCAACGGCAGCUUGGAGCUAGACUGCGACAGCGGCAACAGCAACGGCAACAGCAACGGCAACGGCAACACCAGCAGCAGCAACGUCGGCUACCAGCAGCAGCAGCAGCAGCAACCGCCCUUGAUCCUGUCGCAGGCUCUGCUGUCGCCCUCGCCGCCGCUCAACGAUCAGAUCAGCUUGCUUUUCCCCAAGUGCCGACCCAAGCAGCAGCCGCAGCAGCAGCCGCAGCAGCAGCAGCAGCAGCAGCAACAGCAACAGCAGCAGCAACAUCAGCCAGCACAGCAGCAACAUGCACAUGCCCUGCUCGUAGACGUGGUGAAUCCCAACAGCAACAGCAGCAGCCACCGGAGCAGCAGCCCCACGGCAGCCCUAGUUGCGGAGCCGCUGGCCAGUGUUAGUCCGCCGCCGCCCAAGGCCACGCCCACCAGCACGCCCAGCUACUACAAGAGCGUGAACAUCAUCACGCAAUCGCCGCCGCCGCACUCGGCCUCGUCGCACUCCUCCGAGUCGCUGUCCUCGGUGACGCCGCGCAUCUCCACCAAUCCCUUUCUGUGCGCACCGCUCACGCCGCCCACACCGCCGCACCAGCAGCAGCAGCAGCAGCAGCAGCAACAGGACACCACGGGCGAGUCAGCUGUGGAGCGGAGCAGGAGCGGAGCGGCCGGCGAGGAGCCCGACUAUCCCGCCUCCUUCUACUACCACACGGUGGGCGAGAGCAGGCGUGGCCCCGGCGGCUACGCGGAAAUGCCGAGGAAACGCAGCGGCGCCUUGCCCGCCAGCAACAGGCAGCAGCAGCAGCAGCAACAGUUGCACAACGGCAAUGGCAGUCAGAAUCCCUUCAUCAAGGAGAACUACUGGGAGGCGCCGCCCACCAGGGCCAGCUUGCUGCUCCACUCGCCCACGGAGUACUCUGAGGAGCAGCAACAGCAGCAGCAGCAGCAGCAGCAACAGCAGCAGCAGCAGCAACAGCAGCAGCAGCAACAUAUGCAUGCCUCAGCCAGACGAGCUUACCACCAGCAGCGGGAACAGGUCUAUGGAAUCAGUCAGCGACAGCAGCAGCACCAGCAUCAGCAACAGCAACAGCAACAGCAACAGCAACAGCAGCAGCAGCAACAACAACAGUCGCACAUCCUGCGGGUGGGAAGAAGUCCGGUGAACCGCAGCUUCUCCCAGCAGCAACAGCAACAACAGCAACAACAGCAGCAGGUUGCCGCGCCCAGGAACAAUCCCUGCGCCGACGGGCUGACUCCGCUGGCCAGUCACUAUCUCUAUGGCAGCAAGUCAUCCCUGGAUCAGCAGCCAGGCGACUGGGAGCCUCGGGAGCAGCGCAAGCUGAGGCUGCGCGAGGAGCGCGAAAGGGAGAGGGAACGGGAAAGGGAGCGGGACCGGGACAGGGACCGGGAGCACCUGUUGCUGGAGCAGCAGCAGCAGUUGCAGCUGCAGGAGGUGCAGGCGGCCAGGGACAACCACCUCAGUCACCUGGCGGGACAGCAGCAGCAGCAACAGCAGCGCAAGCGGCAUGUCUACGGCGAGGAGCGGGACACGGAGCGGGAUCACCGCCUGGUCAACGGGAACGCAGAUCCGAACGAGAGCUGGCAGCAUCUGCGCGUAACGACCGACACUCUGGCGGAGGAGGGCGGCAAGCUGGCGGAGAAGGGCCAGCACCAGAUGCAGAGCGUCGGCCUCGGCCUCGGCCUGAGCCAGGGCCAGAGCCCGGAGGUCAAUGUCUACAGGGAGCACAAGCUGGACGCCUGGAAGCUCGAGCGCAACUACACGCUGGCCGUGGAGUCGCGUCAUGGCAUCAUUGAAUACGAGGGCUCGCCGCGGCGCAUUGGGGUGACCACCAGCAAUUUGGGGCAAGUGACGGCUGCAGCGGCGGCAGCGGCAGGGGCAGCAGCGGACGAAAGCGAACCACCAGCAGCGGUAGAAGUAGCAACACCACCGCCACAGCAGCAGCAGCAGCAGCAGGUGCCCAUGGCCACCGUGCCACCGCUGGGCUCCACGGCCACCUCGCUGCAGAAGACGGCGGCCCGGGCAGCACUGGCCGCCCUGGCCCAGGGCCACCCCCACAACCCCCACAACAUCCUGAGCUCCCUGCUCCCGAACGCGAGCAACCCCAGCCCACUGAAUCCCGGCCAGAUGCAGAUCCACUCGCCGCAGCAGCCCAUGCAGAACUAUCCCGUGCGCCCGGGCUUUCCACAGCGCAUCAUCUCGCCGCCGAAUCGUGAGCCCCGCAGCAGCUCUCCUCCCCUGCAACAGCAGCAGCAACACCAGCAGCAGCAACAUCAGCAGCAGCAGCAACAUCAGCAGCUGCAACAGCAACAGCAGCACUUUGCCAGUCUGAUGAGCAAUCACAGCAACAACAACUCGAACACCAACAAACAGCCGCUGAGCAGCGACAACAACGCGGAGGACACCAGCAACGAUGUGUCCGAGAUUGGCACCAUAUCCGACCUGACCACUCCGGAGGCAGUGGGUCUGCAGCUGGCCAUUGGAGCCGCUGCCGGCGAGAUAGCCAGUCGGGCGGCCACGCCACCUCAGGCACCGGCAUUGGCAUUGGCAUUGGCACCACCGACCGCAGGGGCGGGCAGCACUGCCAAUGGAACCGGAAAUGGGAACGGCACCGCAACCGGAAAUGCAACAGCGGCGGGUCCACUGAGCCUGCACACGAAGUCGUCGACCUUCGACUACCUGUACGAGUUCUCGGAGACGCGCAAGGUGCUGGAGGAGUUCUUCAAGUGCCCCUCCACCGACGAGCAGCCCAUCAUGGAGAACGGCAGCGAUGUGGACAGCAUUGAUAUCCAGUACGAGUUCCACAGCAACUUCGAGCGCGACGAGGAGGAUCUGGCCGAGGAGGAGGAGGCCGAGGACGACGACGAGGGCGACGACGAUGCCGACGAGGAGAACGACGAGGCCGAGGAUGAGGACGAUCCCUUGGGGCAGGAUGGCGGCCAGAACUACCGCCAGCCGGUGCCUCCCACCGCCGGCCACGCCUCCGAGCGCCUCGUUUACGGGGGCGUGGGCUAUGGCCAGCAGUCGCAGCCCCAACUGAGCGCCCAGCCGAUGGGUAUGGGCGUUGCUCGGCGGCACUACAGCGGCAGUCCGCUGAUGCGGGACUUCGAUUUCUUCCUGGACUCCACCAGUCGGAGCAGCGGCGAGCGGGACGGCGACCAGGAUGGGCUCAAUCACAACCAGCUGCUGAGCACGGGCAGCGGCCAUGGCGGCGGCGGCGGCGUGGGCGUGGGCGUGGGCGUGGGCCCGGGCGGAGGACACAACUACCGCUACUCGCCGGAGACCACCGACUACGACUCCAACUGCGGCGAUCUGGACAGUCUCUCGGGUGAGAUGAACGGCGGCGUGUCGACCUCCUGCUCGAACUACGCCAAGUACUACGCCUCGGCCAUGCCGGUGCUGGAGGACGGGCUCUCCUCGGGCCACACCAGCGACACCGAGAACAACAACAAGAACCAGAAGAACCUGCAGCAGGCGGUGCUCGGCCAGGGCCAGCAGUGCCCCACCAGCAUGAGCGGCAGCACCAGCAUCGGCGGCAGCGGCGGCAUCUCCAUGCUGAUGGACAUGAAGCGCGUCUCGACGAACAACAGCCUAAACAGUAUGCACAACCUGACCACCACUGCCUCCACCACGGACAGCAACGGGGGUGUGGCGGGUCACCACCUGGGCGCCACGCCCAGUCCCAGCAACGGGCAGUCGAAGGGCCCGCUCGCCAGUCAGGCGCAAUCACAGCCGAAGACCCUGGCUCUGGACCAGAGUCCCAGCAACCACAACAAAGUGUUCAAGAACAUUGAUCCGGAGUUGGAUUCGCUCUACUCGAUUGGAGUAUUCCACCGCCCGGACACGGUGCAGAUGACCCCGCCGCCGCCUGCUCCGGCGCCGCACCGCAAGCCCAACAACAAUGGCAGCGUCGUUGUCAACACCAAUGGCAGCCUGGGCGGCGGCAACAACGAUGUGGAUCUGCUGCAGCCGAGCAGCAAGCACACUCCACUGGCGGCGGCCAUCAGUUCCACGCUGCAGCGCAGCUCACCCACCUCGACGGUCACCGGAAAUGGCAUCGGAAUGGCUGGCGGCAGCGGAAGCAAGCCCCGCAGCGCCGGAAGCAAUUGCAGCAGCAGCGGUGGCAACGGCGGCAUGCCACCGCCCAUUCCGGAGAGGUCGAACCUCGUCUCGGCCUCGCAGAGAUCACCCUCGCCCGGCCUAAACUCACCGGUGUGGCUAUCUCGACAUCUGGACGGCGGCGCCGGCAAGGAGCUGCUGGAGUCCGGCUCGGAUAAUCACUCAAAGAACCACAGUGCCGACGAGGAGGACGUGGACACCGACCUGGAGACGGACCGGCUGCUGGGCCACCAGCGGCUGGACGAUCAGGGCUACUACGAUGAGAACAAGAGCUGGGACCGCAAGCCGCGCUCGCUGCUCUCGAAGAUCUCGCCCAAGCAGCAGAUGCCGAGCACCAAGACGCGCAACGGCUACAAUGCCCUGCUCAGCUCCACGCCGGAGUUGCCGCCCCCAAUUCCGCCCAAAGGGCAGUCCGGCCUGGGAUUGGGCCUAACCCUGGGCUCCGGCAAUGGUGGCAAGCUGUUGGACCUGGUCGGUGGCAUGGUGCAGCGAAGCCUAUCACGCUCGUCCUCGGAGCACAGCGACAAGUCGCCCAGCAAGCUGGCCAUGCCCAUUUCUGGCGGGGAUCUGUGCGCGGCCGGCAGCGUGGAUGUGGUGGCCUCAGCGGUGGCGGCCGCCUCGGCAGCGGUGGCCGGCACACCGGCGCUGGGUAGCCCUGGGAAUGGAGGCGGCUCGGAGAGAUCGUCCGGCGGGGGAUUGACCAAUCCCGGGGGAGCAGUGAAGAUAGUCGGAGGAGAGCCGGAGAAUGGAGCACUCAAUGGGGGCACACUGGCGGCGCCUCCGCUGGCAGGAUCGGCAGCUGGAUCGGCCGGAGGAGGAUCAGGGACGGGAUCUGGCUCGGGAUCGGGCUCUGGAGCGGUGGCCAAUGGCACCGCCGUGGCCAACAGCGGCGGCAGCAACAACAACAACAACAACGGCGGCGGCAGCAACAACAACAGCAGCGGCAGCAACAGCGGCGAGAAAAAAGUGAAAAAGAGUAAGAGCAAAGAAGGCGGCGCAGUGCUCAUCGAGGGCGUUCUCUUCAGGGCCAAGUACUUGGGCUCCACGCAGCUGGUCUGCGAAGGUCAGCCCACGAAAUCGACGCGCAUGAUGCAGGCGGAGGAGGCCGUUUCCAGGAUCAAGGCACCCGAUGGCGAUGUGCAGCCCAGCACCGAGGUGGAUCUGUUUAUUUCGACGGAGAAGAUCAUGGUCCUGAACACGGACCUCAAGGAGAUCAUGAUGGACCAUGCCCUGCGCACCAUCUCCUACAUUGCGGACAUCGGUGACCUGGUGGUCCUGAUGGCCCGACGUCGCUUCGUCCCGCAGGACAUCGACGAUGCCCCCAAGCCGAAUCGCACGCCCAAGAUGAUAUGCCAUGUGUUCGAGAGCGACGAGGCCCAGUUCAUUGCCCAGUCGAUUGGCCAGGCCUUCCAGGUGGCCUACAUGGAGUUCCUCAAGGCCAACGGCAUCGAGGACCAUCGCUUUGUCAAGGAGAUGGACUACCAGGAGGUGCUCAACAGCCAGGAGAUCUUCGGCGAUGAGCUGGAGAUCUUUGCCAAGAAGGAGCUGCAGAAGGAGGUGGUGGUGCCGAAGGCCAAGGGCGAAAUCCUCGGGGUGGUGAUCGUGGAGAGCGGCUGGGGCUCCAUGCUGCCCACCGUGGUGAUUGCCAAUCUGAUGAGCUCGGGAGCAGCGGCGCGUUGUGGUCAGCUGAACAUCGGCGACCAGCUGAUAGCCAUCAAUGGGCUGAGCCUCGUGGGCCUGCCGCUCUCCACCUGCCAGACGUACAUCAAGAACACCAAGAACCAGACGGUGGUCAAGUUCACGGUGGUGCCCUGUGCCCCCGUUGUCGAGGUGAAGAUCAAGCGGCCGGAGACCAAGUACCAGCUGGGAUUCAGCGUUCAGAAUGGAGUGAUCUGCAGUCUCCUGCGGGGUGGCAUUGCUGAAAGGGGUGGUGUUCGUGUGGGCCAUCGCAUUAUCGAGAUAAACAACCAGAGCGUGGUGGCUGUGCCCCACGAGAAGAUCGUCAACUUGCUGGCCACAUCCGUGGGAGAGAUCCUCAUGAAGACGAUGCCCACGUCCAUGUUCCGCCUGCUCACUGGUCAGGAGAAUCCCAUUUAUAUUUAAGCCUGCGGGAGAAUAAUAAGCGGCGAUUAUUGUUAACUAUAAAAAACAAACCUUACAAGGAUAUUACGAUAUUAAGUAUAUAUACUAUUCAUAUAGAAAGAUUGAUAGACAGAUGGAGAGAGAGAGAGAAAGUAAAUAUAUGUAUGUAUAUGCGUGUGUACCUAUAUAUAUAUAUAUAUUGAUAUAUGCUAAACAUAUACUACACACGAGUGUAUCGAUUUUUUUUUGUGAGUAAACUAGUCAAAGUGCGAUCGGAGGCAAGUUAAGAGCAGCUACUACGACAAAUAAGAGGAAGCGAUAACUAACACACAUGGCACGCCUUUUUGCAAAGCUUAGUAAUAAUAGUUAAUAAUGUGUGUGGCAUCGGGCCAUCGGCCAGUACAUACAUAUAUACAUAAAUAUAUAUAUAUAUAUGAACACAAUGACCUUUUUGCGAAAACGUCCUUAGCUUAGUUGAACGGCGACAUUAGUCAAGGAAUACUGAAGCUAGUAACGACCCCGAUAUAUAUGCUUACCCAUACUUAUUGUAAAAACCAAAAAGCAAAACAAAAAAAAAAGAAAACCGGAAUCCAACAACCAACAUGCCCAAACGAGAUUCGAAACCAGACAGGAGGCAGGCAGCUCUUUUGAUAUAGUAUAUAUAAUCCACACACUAUAUAGCACCACUCAAAAAUAUAUUUAUAUAACAGAACAGAGGGCGGAAGAAUAGAAAGCUUGAGGCAGAUAGGAAAUGGAUAUGGAAAUGGAAAUUGAUAUUGUAACUGCAGCGUUUCGUUUUCUACUCGCACCCAUAGCCGAGAAUUUUGAUAGUUAUUUAACGGAUAUAGCCAGAUCGUAAUGUAUGCAAAGUGUAAAUUGAGGAGCGCUUUACACCCCCCACAAAGAUACAUACAUAUUCCCCCCAUAGAGGAUUUAGUUUAGCAGACACCUACACUCACACUCACUUAGACGCUUCGAUUUCAACCAUCUUCGUCCAAAAAUUGUGCUACUACUCGUUAAACAAGUUGAUAGAUAUAGAGACAGAUUAGAAAGAGAUAACAGGAGGGCAGGGGAGGGCAGAGAGAUAGAAGGCCGGCGAAAAUAAGACAGAGAUAGACCCCCUAUAAUAAUAAUAAUUAGAAAGACACGGGCCAAAACCAGGAAAGCUUACAACAACAUAUGUAUGUAUGUGAACCUAGAUCCGCGUUUUAGUGCUACCCACGUAGACCAGACUCGAACAGAAUGAGACGGCAACAGGAACAGAAAUAUAAACAGACAGAGAGGGAGAACUGCAUUUCUUUGUGUGUAUAUGUAUGUGUAAAAUACUCGCUAUUGGCCCCAUUGCAAUCCACAAGCAACAGGCAUCAGCAGUCACUAAGAGAACUAUUAUUAACUACGAGUACGAUUUAAUUAUGUAACGGCAACGGGGCAUUUGCUUGAUGUUUGUGAAUUGAACGACUUUUCGGCCUCAUUUUCACUGCUUGGCAGGGCCACGCCCAC